GUGGAAAAGCUUUAGAGGGAGUCAGAGGUCCAGGGGUUCUCAUCCCAUGGUUCCAGUGCCAUCAAGAGCUCAAGUGGAGGAAAAUGUCUGAUCAGGAAGAAGAAUUUGAUGCUGAGAAUGUUGUGAUUGCAUCAGAAGAAAAUAAAGAUGCUUCUGGGAUUAUCAGUAUUCCACUUCCCUCUGAAGAGUUUCCAGAGUCAGAUCAAGCAGAAGAUAAUGAAUCUGAAGUUGAGCCAUCCAGUGAGGGCUCUACAACACAUGCUAAGGAGGAAAGUCAGCAGGGUUUAUCAAACGUGGAACCAGAAGAUGAAGAACAACUCAUGGAAGAAGCUUUGUUGCCCAAACAAGUUUCAUAUUCUCCAGAAAGUUCUACAGAGCACUAUCUAACUAAAUAUGAUAAUGUAAUGCAGCCAGCCAAACAGAAUUCAAAGCCUGGAUCUCUGGCUUUUCUGGAUAAGAUAAAGGCUAUAAAGGAAUCUCUGAAAGCAUCAGUCAAAAAUCCUUUAGCAACAGUAAAAGUUGUACUUUUUCCUGUGGGCCAGGAAAUUAUAAUGCCUUUUAAAAUAGAUAUCACUGUAAAAUACCUCAAGGAUCAUUUUUCAUAUCUACUAAAGAUCCCAUCUAAUAUACUGCAGAUAAGAUAUUCAGGAAUGAUUCUUAAAAAUAAUGAGACUCUACUGCAACAUGGAGUUAAGCCACAGGAUAUUGUACAAGUGGAAAUUUUUUCUACAGAUCCAGAUCUAUUUCCAGUCAAAAGAAUACAAGGAUUAAAUGAUGCCUCUCAAAUCAUAACUGUCAGAGUACAAACUGGCAUUACUGAGUACCAGGAGGUAGCUGUUGAGAUUAUAAAAUCUGACUUUCACAAACCGUUUCUUGGUGGAUUCAGACAUAAAAUAACAGGAAUAGAAUAUCACAAUGCUGGAACGCAAACUGUACCUAAAAAGAUUCCCCAAAAAGACAAUGUAUUUUGUAGGGAUACCCAGACAGUUCUUCAGAGAAAAAAGCUCCAACAGACUACAAAUACAACAGCCACACAGAUGACUAAAAUUGGUGUAUAUGUAUCAAACAUGACUGAUAAACUGAUAAAACCAGGAAAUUAUUUUUCGGCAGCAGAAUACCAUGCUCAAAGAUUACAGUCGGUAGUAGUGCUACAGACUUACUAUAGACAAUGGCAUGCUAAAGUUGUGGUAGAGAAUUUAAAAAGACAGAAAAUGUUAAGAUUCAAGUGGGAAGCAGAGGAAGAAGUAAGGAAAAUACAAGAAAAAGAGGAAUGGAUCAAAUUGGACUAUUACCGGAGGCGUAAUCCUCAAACAAAAGAAGAUUUUGAGCUUCUUUAUAAUGCACUGGAACUCUGGAAGCAAGAAGAAUUUGCACGCAUUAACCAGUCUUUCACUGGAGCUGAAAGGAAAGCUGCUCUAUGUGAACUUCUGGAGAAAGAGGCCCAGAUAAUUGCUUCCAUUGGGAGGCAUAGAUACAUCGCAUAUAUGGCAAACCGGGAAGCAUCAAUACAAGCUUUUUUGGAUAAGUGUUCAGCUCCAAAGGUAUGGAGAACAUUGAGUGGCAAAAUAAUUGAGAUGGAUACACAGUUUACCAUCAGAGCCAGAGAGCUGCAGAACAUCUAUAAGUGCAUUCUGCUGAAAAAUAUCUCUCAAGAUGAAAGGCUGGAUGUACUCCUAACGCUUAAACAUACUGUGAAGGAACAUGAAUGUAAACUGACUCAGGAAAUUCUAGAAUUGAUUGACAGAGAGGUGGACCUUAUAAUGAGAGGAGUCAAACAUCGUAAUCUUGAAGGACUCAGAAAAAGAAUUGCAACGCUCUUUUUUCAUUACAUCAAAACACCUCUAUUUAAUCCAGAAGUUGCAAGACAUCUUAAGGUCCCUCCAGACCCAUUGAAGUUUUAUAAGAAGAUUUAUUUUUGCCACGGUUGCCAGCUCUAUUUGCCUUCCACCGAGUUUGCCGUCUCAUCCACCUUACACCGUAUAUACCGGUGUCGUCACUGUGUUAACCUUGACAAUGAGACUCGACAACGAGAAUCAUUUUUGAAGUACAAAUGUUUACUUCAGCGGCUCUACUAUUCAGAAGCUGAUUAUGAAGAUGAUUCCAAAAUUGCUUUCCUGAUCCAGCUACAAGACAUUCAGUACCUGGUGGAGAACAUCUGGGCAUCGCAGUCAGUGCUCAGUGCCUGGAAGGAUCUCAAUGACCUGGUCAUGGUCAGGUGGGAUAAGUCCUUGGAAUGGUCCCCCUGGAACUGCAUUCUUCUUACCAAAGAUGAAGGUGUUGCUCAUCUCAAGCUAACAAGUAUCGAAGAGGGAUAUGAACCCUUGUUUAUUCACAAGAUCAAACACAAACAUAUCCUGGCUAAGAACUAUUUUUCUCAAAUUCCAGUGCUGGCUUCAUAUUUACUUGGUGAUGGUGAGCUAGAUGAGAUCAGAAAGAAAUAUCACUCAGAAACAACUCCCAAGAUUAUAGUGUCCCAGAGGCCCAGUCCCUAGAAGAUCCAGGAGUAUUUGAUGAUCAGCAUUUUUGUCCGCUGCUAAUAGAGGAAUACAGAGGCUGUACAAUAUGGAAAUAGAAUUUUAUCUUUUUAUUGAUUUUAGUUGUGUUUUGUUUCUCAUAGUAUUAUAAGUUUAUGAAGACAAAACAUCCUUAUAUAAAUGUUUUAUUAUUAGAUGGUUAGUGAAAAUUGAAAUACAGUUUAGUUCCUGAAAGUAAUAUUUUACGGUAAAGAGAUCAUUUGAUUUUUCAUAUUUUCACAAUUAAAAUUUUUAGAAAUUUCAGUGCACUAGAAAACCAACAAACAAAAGCUAGGUUUAACUUUUGACUCAAGUAAUUUAAGUUAAAUGUAGUUGUGGAAUAGUCAGUAUAUAGAUGGGAGGAAACAUCAAAUUCUCUUUCUUAAACAUCCUUGCAGGUAGGAUAAAAGAUGCUAUGUUUUAAUACAAUGAUUUGAAUCUUCACUUUGUAUUUUCUACUUUUACCUUCCAUGCUUCCUAAAAUCCCAGUAAAACAACUGGAAUUAUUUCUAAAUAAACAAACAAAUGCAUUCCAUGCUGGAAAGCAGGGUAAACAGUAGAACUAUCUUUUACCCUGUUGGCGGAAAACUCCCAAUGGGGCAAUGAAGACAUUCUGGAGGAAAGAUAAACUUGGUUAAGUUAACUGUAACAGCCUCAUUCCUCAGUAAGACAAAGAAAUAACCUUGACUACAUGCAUGUCAGAGACCUACAAUGAUGAACAGUGUGUGUGUGUGUGUGUGUGUGUGUGUGUGUCUUAAUGAGAAAUUGACACUCAAAAUAGGAAAAUUCAAGGAGGUUGUAUUUACAAAGGGAGUUAUUAUAAAGUGUGGGCAGUAUUUAGGGAAACUAAAGGAAUAGUGCAGGAACUCAGGGCCAGUAUGAGAUAGAGGCUAACUCGACCCCUCGUCUUAAAUGAGCAUGCAGAGGAAGAGGUCUGAGAAUGCUCAGUGUAAAGAAGGUAGCUGAGAGGAUCAGAAACCAGCUGCCAUGGGAGAGUCAGCCCUAGGGGGUCUCAUGAACUGGAGAAAUAAAUACUCCGAUUUCAUACCUCUCCAUUUCUCUAGUCUCCUGCUUGCUUUCCCCAUGAAUAGAACCCAGAAGGAAAGCAGGAGAAAUAGACUUCUGUUGGCCUAAUUCAUGCAGUUUCAGGGAAAAGAGUGGAAUAGAUAAUGGGGAUGGUGGAUCUGGACGGCUAAAUAGAGAGCUGGAAUUUAGCGUGAAGCUCUGUAACUCAGGUAGUGGUAUUUCACACACACACACACACACACACACGUGUGUAUGUGCGCACAUGUGUGUGCCUGUGCAUGCGCACACGACGUAAUUUGAGAGAGAGGGGUGAGGGGAGAAUUUUUCUCCUGAUUCCCAUCAGUGGUUAAUGAGCUGUUCUCUUCAGUUUAGUGCUCAAGGAAUUCAAUCUAAAUAUUAAUAUUUGUUCUACAUAAAUAUCUGCCAAUAUUUCACCAAUAUAUUUUCUAGGGCACCUACAAUUAUUAUUUUUUUUUUUGGCAAAAGCAUGGCACAUGGUGAUUGUUCUUAAGGAAAUAAACAUCAAAGAGGGAAGUGCUAUAAUGAGUUGUUUUCAGGUUUCCAUGGACAAUUCAGACAUUCUGGAACUUUCUCAAUGGUAAAUUACAGAUAGGGUUAGACUGGAGACCAUUCUGAUCACUAAUAAAUAGUUAACAAUUUAACACAGAGAGCAGUGGGUUUACGAAGGAAUGUAAAUGACCAGAUUUUCAUUAGACAGUGUACAAGAACAUGCUAUCUCAGAAAAAAAGGCUGGGGAGGCAAGAAUCGGGGAGAAAUAUUCAGAUAGGGGCAAAUAUGCGUCUUUAGGAAUUCCACUGUUUACCCUAGGGAUGAAGCAACUGACCAGAUAGCAUUUGCUGUUAGUAUGGAAGAUUUGUAGAAUGCAACCGAGAAGGGUAGACCAGCUAGAGCAAUUGAAUGUAGGAAAGGGGCAGUACCUAUAGAACUGGAAGUAUAACCACUAAGGGGGAAAACAGCUAAGAACAGACAGGCUUUCCUGAACAUUCUGUUAAGCACUUUUCAGUCCUUCUGGAACUACAGUUCUCAAUUUAGACAGCGAUCUGAAAAUCCAAAGCAGAAGGGCUAGAAGACGUAUCUGGUUA